AUGGAAUAUCUCACAAGACUCCUCAUUCAAGCUUCUCACAACAAGGAUUUUAGAUUUCAUCCUUUAUGCAAAAGGUUGAAAUUUGUUAGUCUUUGUUUUGCGGAUGACCUUGUGAUUUUUUGCAAAUGCACUUUACGAUCUGUCCAAAUCCUUCAAGAUGGCUUUCAAAAGUUUAGUCAAGCUUCUGGUCUAACAGCUAACAUGACUAAGUCUCACAUUUACUUUGGAGGCUUGAAAUUUGAGGAAAAGAAGAGCAUUUUGGACUGUAUAAAAAUUGAAGAGGGCACUUUUCCUUUAAAGUAUCUUGGUGUCCCUCUUCGGCCUACAAAAUGGAAGGCUGGUGACUGUGGGCCGAUCAUUAAAAAGAUAAAUCUUCGUCUUCACACUUGGUCAAGUCGUCACCUCUCGUUUGUUGGAAGAGCUCAACUGAUUCACUCAACUCUCUUAGGCCUCCGUUGCUAUUGGAUGAGCAUAUUCAUUCUCCCCCAAAGUGUUACAAAAGAGAUUGAUAGGCUUUGUAAGAACUUUUUAUGGGGCGAGAGAGGUAAUAGAAGCAAACUUCACUUCACAUCUUGGGAGCAGGAAAAUGCCAGUUAUGCUAAUGUUGUUUGGUGUAAGCUAUCAAUUCCUAAACACCGGUUUAUUAUGUGGCAAUCGGUCCAAGGCCAUUUGCUUACUCGGGAUAAGUUGUUGCAUUGUCAUGUUAGAGUUGACUCUAACUUGUGCCCUCUUUGUGAGAUUGAGAUGGAGACUCAUGCCCACUUAUUCUUUGACUGCGAUUUUUCUCAAAGAUUAAUGAUCAGGGUUAGGGAUUGGCUUGGAGCUGCCAUUUGGCCUUCUAAGUAUCCCGAGUGGCUCAAUUGGAUGGAAGGGAGACCCAACGGGCUGCUGCAAAAAAUUGCAGCUACUGCACUUGCUGCUGCAAUAUACUUUAUUUGGUUGAAUAGAAAUUCUUGUGUGUUUGAUUGUAUUGCUUAUAUUGUUCAAAGAGUUGGUCAUUUGAUUAAAGAGUGUAUGAAGGCUAGAAUGCUAAGCCUUGCUAGGAAGAAUCUUUUGAAAAAAGAAAAGGCCAUGUUUGAUUUUAUUUGCAAGUUGUAA